AAGCAUUUCAAGAUUGAAGAGUGACUUGCGUGAAAGAUGGUAGAUCCUGUGAAAUUAUGUGAGUCUUCUAGCUCUAAAUUUAUCUGGCCGCAGCCUGAAGAACCAUCCCAGAAAGAGGAAGAAGAAAGCAAAGAAUCAAAGAUCAAAUACUACCUGCUAACAGUUGUUACAGAAGACCGCCUUGAGGAGCUAGUGGCUGAUAGACUUGGAAAAGAAGGGGAGAAUCAUGAACAUGAGGGACUGGUACAUGCAGAAGAGUACAAGGUAUCAUCAGGAAGUCAAAGAGAAAACAUCUUCCAGAACAAUGACCAAGGUUGCCAGAAGGGUGAAAAGUCUCAAAAUGGCAGUUUGCAAACAGCCUUUGAGGAGAAACAGACAGCGGUAUCCAAGAAGAGAUGCUGUAAUGUGGGAAACUUCCAAGACAAUGUGAUCUCAGGGAGACCUUCACCAGGACAGAGUUCAUAUGAAUGCGCUGUGUGUAAGAGAUGUUUCAGCCGCAGCUCAAGCCUCUUCAAUCAUCUGUGUAUCCAGACUGCAAAAACACUUCACAAAUGCACACAGUGUAAGAGAGUCUUCAACUUCAACUCAGCUCUGAUUCAGCACCAAAAAAUGCACCAUAGGCAGAAAAUAUCAUUAGAGUGUUCAGAUUGUGGUGAUCGUUUUACUUGCAGAUCUGGCCUCAUUAUCCAUCAAAGGACUCACACAAGGGAGAAGAGGCCCUAUAUGUGCUCACAGUGUAAUCAGUGUUUCUACCAUGCUUCUGAACUGGUAACUCAUGCUCACAUGUGAAUGUGAUCCUUUGAGUCUCAGUAAACUGGAGCUACAGGAAUAAGAAAGAAGCACCAACCUGUCUACAUUUU